AUGAUUAACACUUUGCUAUAUUUGAGCUUAUCGUCAGCAGCUAACGUUGAGACGGAACCCCUGCGCAACUCGCCCUAUCAGAACGGAUUUGGGAUAAGCUGUUCGUCGUCUGUAAUGAUAGCAGACUGCCAGCAGAUGAAGUGUCUUCCCACGGGGCGGUACAUUACGGUUUGCUCCUUGUGUAGGACAGGAUUGGUCCCCAUAAAUGGGGUGUGCGUCAAUCAAACUACUGCGCAUGACUACGGAGACAUAAGUGUCUGUCAAAAGAAUGAUGAAACAAAUCCCACCCAUUGUAUCUCUUGUUCGAAGAACGGGUCCUCCAAUAAUUAUUUUCUCUUCUACGGAGGAUGCUAUCUUGCUACCCGGUGGCCUGGUAAUAGCUAUUGUCUGUCGGCAUCUAAUGGAGUUUGCACCAGUUGCAACACCAACGCCAAGAUGGUCUUCACCAAUCCUAACACUACCGCACAAGAGAAGUGCAUCCUCUGCUCAGACAACAUCGGCUUUGGUGGUUCAAAGGGUAUCCAGGGCUGUGCGGAUUGUAUGAACAGAAACUCUGCUGGUUCCACGGACAUUCAGUGCUUGCGCUGCAAGGCUUACGAUACUGCGCCAAUUGACGACGCGUGCAUACCCUUUGGCCGGCACACCUGCGCAGAUGGGCACUGCACUCGUUGUUACAAGACUCACAUUUUCCAUCUGGGCGGCUGCUUUACACGGGGAGGGCCGCGAGCAGAGGCUGUCUGUGCUAGCAACAACCAGUUUGAGAUAGGCGACUAUUCGGCAUGCAAAGCCUGCGUCAACACCAGCGAGGCGCCAGACCAGGGGAACUGUAAAAAACACUCUGAGCAGAACAAGUGCACGAAGAGCUCGACUGGAAGUUGCUCAGAUUGUCUUCAUAGCAACCCCGGUUCAACGUUCCUAUUCUAUGGGGGCUGCUAUGAUGCGACUGAUGUUCCCGGAAGGCUGAUCUGCAGUACCUCAAGCGGAGGCUCUUGUACUAGUGUCGUUAACAACUCAGGUGUAUACUUGAACGGUAGGGCCUGCUACUUUUGUAAUGACACAGCUAACGGUGGGAUCUCCAACUGCCUCACUUGCUCUUAUGAAUCCAACGCGGUGGUGUGUAGCAGAUGUGGCUCUGGCACUGCUAGGUCGCUAGAUGGAAGGGAGUGCCUUAGCGACUGCGUCUUUCCACUGAGAAAGUAUUGCAGUAAUGAUGUUUGUAUUUGUGAGUGCGAGGUAGGUCAUUACCUCAGUGGUAACACCUGCUUAGCGUGCCACGAGUCCUGUGCCUUUUGUACAGGGCCAUCGGCGGACCAGUGUGAGGCGUGUACGCAGGGCUGGCUUUGGCGGUACGAUGAGAACAAUCACUUGACCUGCGUUGGCGUUGACGGUUGCGGGGACGGGUUCUAUCCGGACGUGGCCGAGUCUGCCUGUAUGCCGUGUGAUAUUAACAGGUGCAAGACAUGUGUGAAGCAAAGCAACGUGCUCUGUACCGAGUGCUCUACUGGAUACAUCUCACUGAAUGAAACUGUGUGUGUUGAUAGCUGCGCAGGAGAGUAUAUGGAACCUAGCGCCACGGGAGCCAGGCGCUGCAUUUGCCAGGAGGGAUAUACAAAGAACGCCGACAGUUCCAGGUGUGUACCGGUGCAUCCGUGCCCCUCCGAUACCAGUGGGUGUAGCAGGUGCGACAGCGCUGGGUACUGCAUGAAGUGCACGAACACUGAUCAUGUCAUUCAGCUGGGCAGAAAGUCCUGCACUAGCGAGUGUCCUCUCAAUUCGUCGCCCCUGUACGAAUACAUAUGUGUGUGCAACGAGGGGUCUGUUCUAACCAAUGGUACGUGUACUAUCGUGCCCACCACGACCAGUGGGGUGCCGGUUACGACAAUGAUUAUCGCAAUUGCCGUUAUCGUUAUCGUCGUGAUCGUGGGUGUUCUCGUUGGGGUUUUGUGCUGGUACUUCCUGCGCAAUAAGAGAAAGCGGUCGAUUCGUCCACGCACUGUCUCCAAAAUGUCCGAGAGUAUGGGGCUCGUGGGCUCAGUUGACGACUUUUAA